UUUGACUUUCGUCCAUUGGGCAAGGUUCUGCUUUGAGACUUUUGCUCCAAAGGAUAAAAGGACUCAAACUCCGGCGCGGAAUGAUUUAAGAAGGCGGUAGACCCGGGAAUCCAGUCAACCGCCCACAUCAUUACCCAGUAAUAGGUCCUGGUUGCAUUUUCUCAAACAAACCCAACGUCAGUCCUAUUCAGAAGUCACAAUGGUCAACGUCUGGGGAAUCGUCACGCUUGGCCUCGUCGCCAGUGUUAUGGCAUCGCCCAUCGUUUCGGAUGACCCGUCGGCACUCGAUUCCCGAUCUCCCCUCCCCGGCCGCAAUGGUCAGGGCAACAGAGGGCAAUCCAAUCCGGACUGUGGAAAAUACAGCUUUGUUUUCACCGGCUUGCCCUGGGACCAUCCCGCGGUGAAGGCGAGCGGCUUCACCCCGCAGCAGGUCGAAGCCGGGAUCCGGUCAGACAUGAAAGCAAUUGUCCAGGCCGGUUACAACAUCAAAGCCGUGCUCGUGGGGCCCGAGAACCCCAUUGAGGACAUCGCUUCCGAGCUGAGGGGCGUAGAAUGGACGGGAACUGGUGUCGGGUACGGCGUUCGAGGGAACCCCUCCCCGGUUAUCACCCGCCGGUUCAUGGACAUAAUUCAGUUGUACCGGGAACAGGUACCCCGAGCCCCGAUCCUCUUCAACUACUCACCCAAUUCGAGCGUUUGGGCCAUCCAGCAGUAUUUUCCGCUCCCGGCCUCGCUGGACUGCUCGAAAAGGCCUGGGAAGGACCUGGGUAUUGCGAUCCACUGCAAAGCCUGCACUCCCCCAUCGUAA